CCUCCCUUUUCCUUCCCCCUCCCCGCCGGUCUCGCGCCUUUCAUUUGCCGGCUGCGCCGCUCGCGUGACGCCGCAGUUGCUGCCGUUGCCGUCGCCGUGUUUUUUUUUUUCUCCUCAGGCGCCUCACGCUCGUUCUCUCGCUCGCUCUUCUUCUUCUUUUUUUUCCUUCUUCUUCUUCUUCCUCCUCUCGUCGUCUCCAUGGCCAACUACAUCCACGUCCCGUCGGGCUCUCCUGAGGUACCUAAGCUGGACAUCUUCGUCACCGAGAGGGACCCUUCGGGCGGCGGCAAUCCGGGUUACCGCCGCGGAGCCCUGGAGCUGCUACGCCGGCUUAGGCCCGAUUGGAAACCCGAGGAGGUGACGCUGAAGAUAUUUACAGAUGGAAUCACAAAUAAACUCAUUGGCUGUUACGUGGAUGAAAAAAUGGAUGAUGUUGUCCUUGUUAGAAUUUACGGGAAUAAGACAGAACUCCUAGUUGAUCGAGAAGAGGAGGUGAAGAGUUUCCGUGUGCUGCAGGCCCAUGGUUGUGCACCCCAACUUUAUUGCACCUUCAGCAAUGGUCUGUGCUAUGAGUUCAUGCCAGGAGAAGCUCUGGAUCCAGAACAUGUUUGCAACCCAGAGAUAUUUCGACUGAUAGCAAGACAACUUGCUAAAAUACAUGCUAUUCAUGCUCACAAUGGAUGGAUACCCAAGUCGAAUUUAUGGAUAAAGAUGGGAAAGUACUUCUCUCUUACACCGACAGAAUUUGUAGAUGAGGAGUUGCAUAAGAGGUUUCUACAAGAUGUGCCAAGUCGUCAAAUUCUACAGGAUGAAAUGGCAUGGAUGAAGGAGAGACUCUCUAACAUAGGUUCACCAGUGGUACUUUGUCAUAAUGAUCUUUUGUGUAAAAAUAUCAUCUACAACGGAAAACAAGGUGAUGUUCAGUUCAUUGACUACGAGUACUCUGGAUAUAAUUACCUGGCUUAUGAUAUUGGGAACCACUUCAAUGAGUUUGCAGGAGUGAGUGAGGUUGAUUAUAACCUCUAUCCAAGCAGAAAGCUGCAAGAACAAUGGUUGAGAUCUUACUUGGAAGCUUACAAGGAAUAUAAAGGAUUUGGAACAGAUGUCACUGAAAAAGAGGUUGAGAUGCUUUACGUCCAAGUGAACCAGUUUGCUCUGGCCUCUCAUUUCUUCUGGGGAUUGUGGGCCCUAAUUCAAGCCAAAUACUCCACUAUUGACUUCGAUUUUCUAGGGUAUGCAGUUGUUCGCUUCAAUCAGUACUUCAAAAUGAAGAAUGAAGUAAUGGCAUUAAAACUUCCUGAGUAGAAUUUGAGAACUUG